AUGGUUUCUUCAUCCACAUCCACCACUUGACUGCUUGGUGGCUAAUAAAAACAGCCUCUCAAAAUGAAUCUUUCAUCUCAUGUAAUGCAAGUAAGCUGAGCCACAAUGAAGAUUAUUAACUUGGCAUACCAUAUUCUUCUCUUGCUAGUUCUGAUCUUCUUCUCUUGUUGCAGUGCAGAAUCUCAAGACCCUUUGGGAGAUUUCUGCAACGAAGAUAGUACUAAAAUAAGUAAUGCUAGCCAAAUAUCAGCAAAUAUUGAUACUUUAUUGGCUCAAUUGGUGCCCAAAACUGCUUCACUUGGUUUUUUUGCUACUUCCUAUGGCAAAGGCCAAGACCGAGUCUUUGGCCUGGCUCAAUGCAGAGGGGAUGUUGUGGGCAGCAAAGACUGCUCUAGUUGCAUCCAAGACGCUGCAAAGCAAAUCCGCAAGCGCUGUCCAGACCAGGCAGAUGCUCGAAUUUGGUACGACUAUUGCUUCUUGAGGUACAACAACAAGAGCUUCAUUGGGAGUAUAUUGUACGGGAAUGUCGAUAAUGUGACCGAUCCCGAGAGCUUCAACAAAGAACUAGGAGCUCUGGUGGACAAGAUUGAGGAACAAGCUGUUGUGCCAAAGAAUGGAGGACUUGGGAAAGGUGAGACCAAGCUGUCACCAUUUUUGACACUAUAUGCUUUGGUGCAGUGCACAAGGGACUUGUCUCAGCUAGACUGUUCUCAGUGCUUGGCCAUUGCAGUGGGAAAUUUCGGAACCUUUUGUGACAACCGCAAGGGUUGUAGAGUUCUAUAUAGCAGCUGUUAUGUCAGAUAUGAGCUCUAUCCAUUUUUCUUCCCUCUUGAUUCAAACAAUACCCUGCCUGUGGCUGAUAAUACUUUAAUGGCUGUAGUUUAUGAUCCAUAGAUUAUGUAUUCAUAUAUAGUAUAUGCUGGUUCAAAAUAAGCCACAGCCAAAAUAAGACAAUCCAAAGGAAGAUGCGGCACAACAAAUUCCAUUAACAUGUAUGUAUGAUGUAUGUGUGUUUUCUAUGAUAAAAUUACAGCUU